AACCGACCUGCAGGCUGUCCUUAUCUCAGAGCCGCUUCCUUUAGAACAAGAUGAUCCUGCUGCUCUGUCUGCUCUGCUUCAUCUGUGGAGAACCUGCUUGGAGUCUGGAGGUGCAAGAGUUCACCGUUAAAGAGGAUAUUCAGCAGGUGGCCGUGGCUAACAACAAUCUUUAUGUUGCUACAGUAAAGACACUUUAUUGGUGGGUCAACCUGAAUCCCGACAAGAGACCUGAGACAGCUCAGAUUCCCUCAUAUGUUAUCAUUCACAUGUUCUUAUUUGUUAAGAACAGAUUGAUCAGCUGUGGUGUGAAUGAAAAACGAAAAUGUUACUGUGAGAGUCGGGACCUGAAGAACAUCAAUAAGGUGGUUUACAGUGAAAACUUCCUGGUGGGACCUCAGAGGAGCAGCAGUGGGUCUGUCAGCUUUCUGGUGGAUGUGAAGAAGAAUUCAGGUCAGACUGAGACUUACAUUCUGACAGCGAUAAAGAACCAUAGAGACAAGACAGAGGAGGACAAGUGUAGCGCUGAUUUAAAGACAAUCAACCUUCACAACACAGAUCAGAAACAGAAUGGAGGAUUAUUUUCUAGACUUGAUCAGUCAGGCAGCAGUCCACCUGGGAUCCAAAGUGAAGCUGAUGUAGAUUUUGUGGACGGAUUCCAGAUCAACUCAACAGUGUAUCUGUUCUCCAACGUGGCAUCAGGAGGUGAAACCAACAAAGUCCGUCUCAUCUGGCUUCAGGCUGAAACCAACAAAACUCAGACUCUGGAGUCUCUUCGUGGAGCGACUCUCAGUUCCUCUGGAGGUGAAGGCAGCAGACUGCUGGCCUCCUCGGUCGUCCCAGGUGGACAGCAGGUCCUGUGGAGUGGAGUGUUCAGUGUGGAUAAAGGAAGAGAAAACACUGAGCUGCUGCUGUUUGACAUCAGUCCUGAUCUCAGCAGGGAGGCAAACACAGAUCCUGACUUUUAUACAUCGGUGGACAAGCCAAACAACCCGUCAAAACCAAAGUCCCUAGAACCAAAGGCUGUUCUGUUCAAGAAGAAAUACAUGAACUCUGUGUUGGUGGUGAAGCAGGACAACUGGAUGGUUUUCUUCAUCGGAACAAGCAACGGGCAGCUCAUUAAGCUUCCUGUGGACAAGAACAAUCGUCCAGCAUGUCCAAAGGAGCUCCACAGGGCCAGUGGGAAGGAGAACGUUUUUUCAAAAAUCCUUCUGAAUCCAUUGGAUCAUAAACACAUAUAUCUACAGAGUAAAAAACAGAUUAAGCGUGUAACAGUGUCAAACUGUGACGAAUACAAGAGAGCAGAGGACUGUCGUACGGAUCCAUUCUGUGUCUGGUGUGCCUCUAAGGAAAGCUGUACAUUUAGUAAAAAUGGCUGCAAAGACGACUGGUUGUCCAUCCCUGAUGAAUACCAACAGGAAGUGAUUUCCCACAGAGUUGUGAAGGACUCCACUGGAGAGGUCAAAAUAGUCGUUAAAGUACAUCUGACUGUGGCACAGAAGAUUCAGUCCAACUUUACCUCUCAGAUCUCUACAACCUCUGACCGGCCUUGUAGGCAAAAUGAGCCACAACCUCAGUACCCAGAAUGCACCUGCAUUCUCUCUGACGAUCUUAAUGCUAAAGAACUUGAUGUCACUGUAAAAAUUACAUUCAGCAAAACAACACUGACAAAGCAACUAAAGCUAUUUGACUGUUCUAAAAGUUCACUCUUAUGUCAGCAGUGCAUCAGAGCUGGAUGUGGCUGGAAGGAGAACCGCUGUACCUGGGACAGUGAAGGAGAGCGGAAUGAGAGUGUUUGCCAAAAGUCCUCCUCUAAGGCAAACCUUGUGCCAGGGAACAUCUCCGUCUCUCCCAGUCGUGUGUCUUACUACGGCAGAAAUAACGCUAUUUUGAGAGGUCACAACCUCACAGAUGUGAUUGCUGUCAAGAUCCAGGCAGAAAUGGACUGUUUACCACAGGAAUCUCCAGUUUGGAACAAGACUGGUGAGAGUCUGACGUUCCACAUUCCCAGAAGAACCAAUGAAGCUGAAGCCAAAGUGUGUGUUGUCCUGUCUGAUGGGAGUUGCCAUGGUGAAGCUAAAAUAGCCUACCAGUCAGCACCAUCUUGUAACAGCACUUCACCAACCACUAUCUGGAGAAGUGGGAAGAGGAAGAUCACACUUUUUGGAUCUGAUUUGGAAUCUGUGGAAAUGGUCAUACACAGGUAUAACCAAUCCUGGUUUUACUAUCUGGAAGGAGCAGUUCCUGAGAACAAAAACUCUGAGAAUUUCACCUAUGAAACACCUGAAGGACAAACUGCCUGGCUGUACUGUAGCAUAUAUUUGAAAGUAGCCAACGAAACAUUGUAUUGCUUAUACAUACAAUACCAUCCAGAUCCACAGUUUACCACAUUUAUAUCAAAGAGGACAGGAAACAAUGUCCAAGUCAUGAUCCAGUGUCUAGACUGGGGCCUGGAGAUGACAACAGAAGAGUUAUCAGUAUGGGGCGUCAAGGAUGGCUGGCAAUACCCCUGCAUCAUGAAGGGCAAAAAUAAAACACAUACUGGGGCAAACUAUUUCAUCUGUGAAAUUCAAAACACAACUCAUGUCAAAUUUUCUCAGUUAACGAUUAAAUAUGGACGAAUGACAGUUCAGGUGGGGAGUCCACCUCUGACUGAUCAGUACCUUCUGAUGCUGCGCCUUCUGCUGGUUCCCUGUGGUACUGCAGUGCUGGUGAUCAUCUGUCACUGCCUUGCUAUGAAGAACAAGCCCUGAUCAUUGGCAUCUGUUUCCUCCUCAGAGUUCCAGGAAAUACAUAAUUUGUUAAAUGUUUGAUUCAUUGAUAUUAGAUAUGAUACAGCUUCUUGCAAUAAUUACCUUUAUGUUGAACAGUUGCAAUUUUAAAGAGGGAAAACCUUUUUCAUGUUUUCAUUUCUUGCAUAUCUUUUGCCGUAUAGAAAGCUAACAGCAUCUGAGUGACCAGACCAUUAUGACAGAAACAAUUGUUGUUUAGAAUAAUGAAGAAAACUGCAGCUGGUUAAUGUAACACACCAAAUAAUCUGCCAGUUUACAUGACAACAUGUAAUCUGCUGGUGUGCAUCUCCAGAUGCUGAGGCUUAGCAGUUUGUUGCUGUGUUUGAGUCAUUCUGUUCUGUAAUUCUACUGUUGAUAUCAAAUCAUCUUGAUCAGAGAUUGCAUGUUGUAUUUUACAAAAAGAAAUUCCAGCUUAUUGCAAAUAACAUGUUUUGGACAACAAUGAAAUCUAAAAUUUGAUCAAGGACAUAAUUUUGUUUUGAUUCUUUGUAUAGAUUGAAAAAUAUUGCAAAACUAAAAAAGUUUAUAUGCAUCUUAGAUCCUUUAGAAAUAUAUACUUACUCUUUGUUUUAUGCUGGCCUCUAAUGUUAUGCUUGAUUGUUGAUAUUUGGAAAUGUAUGUAACAUAUUUCUAAAUAUGUAGUAUAAAUGAGUGAGUGCAUAAAUAUUCAUCCCCUUCAAAGUGAGUGACCCAAGUCAACACAGGUGAGUGUGUCAGUCAGGGGAUGGAUAGAAAAAAAAUCUCUAAGGCUCUGAACAUCUUGAGUUCAGUUCAAUCAGUCAAAGAAUGGAAGGAAUAUGAUCAAUGUGAUGAUGAGCCUGGAUCUGACGACCUCUCGACCAAAGAGACCAUGAAGGAGAAUAUAGAACCUAGAAAGUUUGUAAAUGACAAAGGUAAAAUUAAAUAGAGAAAUUCCAGAAGACAAUUAGUUCUCAUCUGCCAGAGAGCUACAGCUUCAAAGAAGAUUUAUUUUCCAGCAAGACAACGACCCAGCUGAAGCUACACAGAAAUGGUUUGAAGACAGCAAGGCGGAGGUUCGGGAAUGGCCCAGUCCAAGUCCAGACACCAGUCCCAAACAGAACUGGUUGCUGGAUUUGAAAAUGGCUGUUCAUAGCUGUUCCCCACCAACCUGACAGAACUGGAAGAGUUCAGCAGGAAGAAUGGAGGAAACCUGAAGAUAAGCAGCCUGACAGGCUGACGACACGCUGUCACUUCAUCUGUGAACACUGGCUGGAAGGAGAAUAUUUAUGCACUUUAUCACUUAUUUCAUGCGACAUGUCUCAUUUGUCAUCUUGUUAAAAUCAGUUUUCACUUUAACAUUUUAAUUGUUUUGUAAAUGUUAUGGAUUAUUAAAACCAAUAAAAUGCAGUGAGCACAUUUUGUAGGCACUGUGGUAAAUUUUUGCUGUGCUUUCUGUCUUCCUCUGAGCUUUGGAUGACCUGAUGGUUGGAUGUUUGGUUGGACUGUGGCCUUUAAAGCUUCUCAGCAACAAUAACUUAUAUGUUUAUCUUCAUAAAAGUAAAGAGAAAUAUUUGUCAAGUGUUUUUACAAGAGAUCAAUGAUACUUAUGGUUUGUUCUGGUAUCAACCGAUAUGUGCAAUAUGUUCACCAAUCAAUUAAAGAUGGUCAUUUUACUUUAGGUAGAAAAAAAACAAUAUACAAAUCAAACAGAAGAUGUAGUGCUAGAUAAAAAUACACUAAAUCUAUGUUUUUGUUUCGUUUCCUAAAGAAAUGGCUGAAAAAUUAAAUCCUACACUAGUGUAGUAAUUUGUCUAGAGACGGCUCGGUGCAAAUCUGCCAUCUGCUGGUGAAAACAGGUAAAGGUUAAGGU